AUGUCGUCCAUCAAGCAGGACACCAUCUUCUACGACCAUCACCAACAUGUCAACGAUCUCCGCCAGGUCCCUUCGGAUGAAGAGAAACAUGCUGCUCUCGACCGGUUCGCGACGAAUGUGCCGCUGAUCGAUGAGCCGUUGGACGAGGACCCGGAGUUCACGUACAAGGAGCAGAGGAAGAUUAUUCAUCGUAUCGAUCGACGACUUAUCCUGGCGACGGGAUUGAUGUAUUGCGUUUCCGGGUUGGAUCGAGGGAAUCUUCCGAAUGCUGCGAUUGCGGGUAUGACCAAGGACUUGGAGUUGAAUGUUGGGUAUCGAUAUUCCAUUGUCGCUCUGGUGUUCUUCAUCACCUAUGCGCUCAGUCAACCUCCCGCGACGAUCUUGACCCGCAUCCUCGGUCCGCGCAUUUUCCUGCCGGCGUUGUGCUGUUCGUGGGGCAUUGUUAUGAUUGGGUUUGGGUUUCCGAAGGUUUGGACGCCGUUGGUACCUUUGCGUUUGCUGUUGGGAUUGUUUGAGGCCGGCAUGUUCCCUGGCAGUGUCUACGUGAUCUCCACUUGGUACUCGCGAUACGAUCAGCAGAAACGGUUCGCGGCAUUCUUCAUCUUCACCAUGCUCACGUCCGGCUGCGGUGGUAUUCUGGCUGUUGGACUCGAGCAAAUGGAUGGUUUGGGUGGAUACGCUGGAUGGCGGUGGUUGUUCAUCAUGGAAGGAAUCUUGACCGUCGUCAUCGGUGUGAUAGGCUACGUCCUCAUGAUUGAUUUCCCCGAUCGAGCGAUCAAGGGAAAGCACUGGCAUUUCUUGAAGGAAAAUGAAAUCCUCUUCAUCAUGCGCCGUAUCAAGAAAGACAGGAAUGAUGGAGAAGCCGAGCCGUGGAAUUUCCGAAAGUGGCUCUCUGCGGGUGCGGAUCCCAAAGUGUGGUCAUUCGCCCUCAUAUUCUUCGCCCUCACAACCUCCGGCUACGCCCUCUCCUACUUCCUCCCCUCCCUCCUCCGCGAAAACAUGGGCUUCACCAUCAACGAGUCCCAAAUGCUGACCGCUCCCCAACACGUCUUCGCUGCCAUCCUCCUCGCCCUCUUCGCCUGGGUCGGCGACAAAUACCACAUCCGCGGCCCCAUGCUGCUGGUCAACGCGGCAAUGGGUCUCACCGGCUGCGCGCUGGUCGGCUACUCUCAAGCCGUCGGCGCGCGAUUCUUCGGCACAUUCCUUAUCUGCGGUGGAUCCAGUGGUGCGAUCCCUACUUGCGUGGCGUAUCAGGCGAAUAAUAUCCGUGGGCAGUGGAAGCGUGCUUUCACGAGCGCGACGCUGGUUGGGUUUGGAGCUCUGGGUGGGAUUGCUGGGAGUCUGGUUUUCCGUACCCAGGAUAAGCCGGAUUAUAAGCCGGGUAUUUGGGCGUGCAUGGCUUGUAAUGGGUUGAUUGCGGUGCUGGUUUGUGUCAAUACGUGGCACUUUAGGAGGGAGAAUGCAAGAGCCGAUCGUGGGGAGAAGAUCUUGGAGGGAGAGCCGAGUUUUAGGUAUACCAUUUGA